AUGUUUGAAACUAACUAUAGGAAUUCACUUCCAGGCUAUACUGGCCACGUUCCAGGCAAAAUCGAAAAUGACAUGCCUCCUGAUAACAAAGAACCAAGAAAGCACAUUCCAGGUUAUGGUGGAUACGUUCCAGGUGUUAAGAGUGAAAAUGUUUUUGGAUAGACCUAUGGAAAAACCAGCUAUCAAUCAAGUGCUGGAGCCUUCCACAGAGGCAUUGACGAGCCAGCUAACCUUAAAUACUAAUCACUAUUCAAGGCUGAGUUUAUCCAGCAUGCUGAUAAAUAACACGAAACAACAGCUUAAAUUGUUGGAGUUCAGAGACAAUAAGAUUCAUAUAAGAAACCUAUUCCCCCUGAUACAGUUUAUAAAUUCUUCGGCGUUGACACCAAGCAAGGAGAUGAAGUCGUCCAAAAGCAGCAAUAUGAGAAGAAUAAGCAAGCUUUUUUCAAUGUGCAAAAAGAUUAAACUUUCUAGCAAACAAAGCCUUCUCAAAGCGAGGAAGAUGCUUUGAAAGUAUUCUAUGGAGUUGAAGAACCCAAAAAUCAAGCUCCAAGAAAUGGAGAUCCCAUUCCAGGCUACAGUGGGGUAAACAGAAGAGUAUAGGCUGACAACGUAUUCGGUAUGACUUAUGCAGAGGCUAGAAGAAGAGCCCAAGAAAGCUAAAAUAGAAUAACUACUGAGAAAGGAGAGACUCUUAGAUAAACAUCGCAAUUUGUGCCAGAAUAUAAGAGACCAAAACAAGACGAUCUCUGGUAUUGA